AUGCAGGCCUUCAGAUCAACCGCGACAAUCGCUUCGCAGUUCAAGGCCACCCGUCUCCCCAGAUUUGCAAGAGCCUACUCCACACAGAAGAGCUAUGAGCACCUGCUCGUCUCAACGCCAAAGCCUGGUGUCGGCUUCGUCCAGCUCAACCGCCCCAAAGCUUUGAAUGCGCUAUGCACCCCUCUCAUCCUCGAGCUCAACCAAGCACUGCGCGACUUCCAGGCCGACAAGUCCAUCGGCGCCAUUGUCCUCACCGGCUCCGACAAGGCCUUUGCUGCCGGCGCAGACAUCAAGGAGAUGAAGGACCUCACCUUCAGCAGCGCCUACGGAAACGACUUCAUCGAGACCUGGUCAGACCUCGUCACCUUCUUGAAGAAGCCCCUCAUCACAGCCAUCAACGGCUACGCGCUGGGCGGAGGCUGCGAGCUCGCCAUGAUGGGAGACAUCCUGUACGCUGGGCCCAAGGCCGUCUUCGGCCAGCCAGAGAUCAAGCUGGGUGUCAUUCCUGGCGCUGGUGGAUCUCAGCGUCUGACAAAGGCAAUUGGAAAGUCACGCGCUAUGGAGACCAUCUUGACAGGUGACAACAUUUCCGCGAAGCAGGCCGGCGAGUGGGGGCUGGUUGCCAAGGUGUUCGAGACACCAGAAGCCGCGGUUGAUGGCGCCAUUGCCACCGCCGAAAAGAUUGCAGGAUUCAGCCAAAUCGCUGUCAAGGCUGCCAAGGAGGUGGUCAACAAGAGCCAGGAGCUGGGCAUCCGGGAGGGUGUCGAGUAUGAGAGGAGAGUGUUCCACGGCCUGUUCGGCAGCCAGGACCAGAAGAUUGGCAUGUCAGCAUUCGCUGCAAAGGCCAAGGCUGAGUGGAAGAACGAGUAG